AUGAAUGAAAAUAAAGAUACUGAUUUAAAAGACAGUGGAGAAUAUGAAGAUGACUUUGAAAAGGACCUGGAGUGGUUGAUUAAUGAAAAAGAAAAAAGCAGUGCCAGCAUAAUGGAGAUGGCUUGUGGGAAUGAAGAGAAUAUUAACCAAGACUUAAAAGUGAAUGAAACAGAAAUAGAACACACCAAGCAACUUUCUGAUCCUGAUAAAUCUUUGAAGGAUGAGGUUUCACCAAGAAGAAAUGACUUUAUUUCUGUACCAAGUAUUCAACCUUUGGACCCCAUAUCAGAUUCAGAUAGUGAAAACUCUUUGCAAGAAUCCAAACUAGAAAGCCAUCAAGACCUGGAGGAGGAAGAGGAUGAGGAAGUCAGGAGAUAUAUUAUGGAGAAAAUUAUACAAGCCAACAGACUUCUACAAAAUCAAGAACCAGUGAAUGAUAAAAGGGAACGCAAACUUAAAUUCAAGGACAAAUUAGUUGAUUUAGAAGUUCCUCCUCUGGAAGACAGUGAUACUUACAAAAAUUAUGAAAGUAAUGUGUCUGGAAAACUGUCACAGUUAUGUAUUUCCAAUGAAUUUGGACAAGAAAAUGUGAUCCUGUCACUUACUGAUGGAAAUUGUGAAGAAAACAAGGAUAGGAAAAUCCUAAUGGAGAGAGAUGGAAAGUUUGAACUUGUGAAUUUACAGGACAUUAAGAGUCAGGGGGUUUUGCCCCCCAUUAAUAAUGCUAAUAGUACAGAAGGUGAACCUCAGCAGUUUUUACCCAGAUCUCCCAAUUUGUCUGUCAGUGGAGUCAAGAGAGAAGAGCCAGUAGCCAAAGUAUAUGUUCUUGCUACCUCAUCAACAGAAGAGCCACUGACUUACAUCCCUCAGCCACCACCCAACCCGAAGAUUUACCCAAGCUCUGCUGUCAACUCAGAUCGAAGUAAAGGGAACGGAAAAUCUAACCGUAGGACCCAGUCCGCAGAUGUGUCUCUAGCGACCUCAACAUUCUGUCUCUCCCCUCGACAGAAAGAACUGAAAAAACGACUAGAACAGAAGAGAGAGAAGCUGAAGAAAGAGGAAGAUGAAAAGAAAAUAGAAGAAGAAAAAGAAAAGAAAAAAGAGAAUGACAUGGUAUUUAAAGCAUGGUUGCAAAAGAAGAGAGAGCAGGUCCAAGAAAUGAGGAGAAUCCAGCGAGCAAAGCAGAUUGAAGACAUGAACAGUAGACAGGAAAACAGAGAUCCACAGCAAGCUUUUCGAUUAUGGCUUAAAAAAAAGCAUGAAGAACAACUGAAAGAAAGAAAGACAGAAGAACUGCGAAAGCAAGAGGAGUGCUUAGUCUUCCUUAAAGGAACAGAAGGCCGUGACAGGGCCUUUAAACAAUGGCUAAGAAGAAAACAGAUAGAAAAAAUAGCAGAGCAACAAGCUGUCAAAGAAAGAGCUAGACAGCUCCGACUAGAAGCAAAGCGGUCUAAACAGUUACAGUGCCACCUAUAUAAUAUGUCAGAAGCCAAAUCUUUCCGUUUUACUGAUCAUUACAACUGA